GCAGCAGAUGGUUUGCCAGAAUCUCUUUGAGGUCGACUAGUACUCUAUCAUCAUGGCCGUAUCAAACUCUCCAAAGCCUGAGUUUUGCAAUCGUCAGGAUGCCUUUCCGUUUUUGCCCCCAGUGUGGGACGAAGCUACAGCCUGACUUUAGGUUUUGUCCAUCAUGUGGAGAGAAGCUUCCCUGUUCUGCCGAUGAAGCUGGGCUUAUGAGUUCGCCUGCCUCUGUAAAAGAUGAAACAACAGCCACUAGCCCUGCUUCAUCCCUGAUCUCCAAGGACAGUAAGUCUCCAGUUUCACCUCGUCCUGCUAUAAGAAAGACCCGGAACAGCCUGCAACUGGACAAAACUGUUAAAUUUGACAUCCAGGGUUCAGUUCAACAAACUUUACUUUCAUCACCUCCUAAAAGUAAAGAGGAUGAAGUUAAGACUGUUGGGAGUCAAACAUUUGACUCCAAGAACCAACCAGAGGUAAAAAUAACUUCAGAGGUUUUGUCAUCUCCAGCUGCAAAAUCUCCUCGACCAGUCAGGGGACAAGCCAAAGUUUCAAGUCCUGUUAAGAGGGAAGCAGAAGCAUCUGAUAAAACGAUUGCAACGGCAGAAGCAUCAAAGGUUGAGCGCGCUGCUCCUUCCAAGUCUCCUUUGAAGGGAGGAGGGGGUAAAUCAAAGAAGGCAAAGCAUGCAUCGUUAUUAGUGCCGCUGCAGGAAGGGGAGGAGCUAACAGACAAGGCUGGCAAGAAGUGGAAACUGGUGAAGUUAAUUGGUCAGAAUAUGAUGGAGCUCCUGUAUGAAGUUACUCGACCCACAUCAAAAGAAGCGGAUCACAUUCUCAAACUGGGAACUAAAGAUGGGCGAAUCUUCACUGAACAGAACUUUCUUCAAAGAGCGGCUAAGUCUACAUCUGUUGAAAAGUGGAUCAAGCAGAACAGGAUGGAUUUUCUGGGGAUCCCCUCCUGCAUUGGGUUUGGUCUUCAUGCAGACUUAUACAGGUUUCUGGUUUUCCCCAACAUGGGAUGCUCCCUGCAGUCUGUUCUAGAGGAAGAAAAUGAGCCCCUCUCUGAGAGGGCUGUUCUUCAGCUCGCCUGUAGGAUACUGGAUGUCCUGGAGUUUAUCCACUCAAACGAGUAUGUUCAUGCGGACAUUAACGCAGAGAACAUCUACAUCAAACCGGGAGAGAAUUCACAGGUGUACCUGGUAGGAUACUGUCAUGCUGUCAGGUACUGUCCAGGAGGCCAACAUGUGGAAUACCGCGAAGGCAGCAGAACACCACAUGAGGGCGCUGUCCCGUUCAUCAGCCUGGAUGCACACAAUGGAGCAGCCCCGUCUCGUCGCAGUGACUUGCAGUCUCUGGGUUACUGCAUGCUAAUGUGGCACACAGGAACACUGCCAUGGUCCGAACUGACCCAGCCGGAGCAGGUGGCUGCCCAGAAACGGCGGUAUAUGGAUGAUGUGAAAGCCCUGCUGAGCCACUGCUUUGGGACAAAAACAGUUUCAUCUGCAUUUCAGGCCUUCCUAACAGCAGUGAUGGCUCUGCAGUACACAGAGCAACCCAGCUACUCAGAGCUCCAAGCUGGACUCAGUGCUGCCUUACAGCAGCUUGGGGGGUCAGUGGAGCAGCCUCUACAUAUGUCCAUAUAAAUCAAACCACAAGAUGAGAAUGGCGACGUUUUACUUGGUUUUAAUGGCUAGAAUUGACUUCUUUGUGCACUGAUGUAUUUUUGGUUCAACGUUUACUAAUCCGCUGUAGUUCUAAGUGUUGGAGGGUCAACAUUUCAUGCAUAAAGGAUUUCAGUGAGAUUCCUAACAGAAAUGCACUGUUUUUUCAUGGUUUUAAAGUCAGGGAUAUGUUCACAUUGUGUUUCUAAUGUAACAUUAUUCUAAUGUUUGUAAGAUUGAUUAGGUUACUUAUUUUAAAUCUUUCUGAAGUUUAAUAAA